CUUUCACCCGCCGUCUUCCAAGAACACGAUGUUGUCCCGCUUCCUGCUCGGCGGCUUAGCUUUCGCGGGCGCCACCUUCGCGCAGAGCUCCAGCUCGUACACGGACCCAGAUAACGGCUUCGUCUUCCAGGGAUACGCCGACCCUACACACAACGUCACCUAUGGGUUCGCACUCCCUCCGGCCUCCUCUACGGACUACAGCGGCGAAUUCAUCGGCGAGAUUAUUGCCCCUGUGAGCGCCGAAUGGGUGGGCAUUGCCCUUGGUGGCGCCAUGGCUGGUGACCUGCUUCUCGUCGCAUGGGCGAACGACGGCAAAGUCGUCUAUUCGCCGAGAUACGCUACGGGAUAUGUGCAACCUACUGUCUACUCGGGCCCGAACAUUACGACUUUGUCAGAGACUGUCGUUAACUCCACGCACUGGAAGUGGGUGUACCGCUGCCAGAACUGCACAACCUGGAGUGGUGGUAGUAUCUCCACCAGCGGAUCGGGUGCUGUUGCCUGGGCGUGGUCUUCUGCGGCCGUCGACGAUCCCUCUGACGCAAGCAGCGAUUUCUUAGAGCACAAUGACUUCGGAUUUUUCGGACAGAACUGGCAAUCUGCCCAGACUUCCAACUACGCCAACUACCUCGCCGGAAAGCCUGGAACACCCACGUCCACGACAUCUACUCCCCCGACCUCGACCACCACCACAUCCACGAGCUCGUCUUCAACACCCACUGUCACUGGUACUCCCUACGACUACAUCAUUGUUGGCGCUGGCCCUGGUGGUAUCAUUGCCGCCGACCGCUUGUCUGAGGCCGGGAAGAAGGUGCUCCUUCUCGAACGGGGUGGACCUAGCACGGGCGAGACUGGCGGAACGUAUGUUGCUCCUUGGGCUGCAGGUACCAACUUGACCAAGUUUGACAUCCCCGGUCUAUUCGAGUCGAUGUUUACGGAUACUGACCCGUGGUACUGGUGCAAGGACAUCACUGUCUUCGCCGGAUGUCUCCUUGGUGGCGGCACUUCCGUCAACGGUGCUCUGUACUGGUACCCGACCGAUCAGGACUUCUCUACCGCAAACGGCUGGCCAGCGAGCUGGACGAACCAUGGACCGUACACCUCCAAGAUGACGCAGCGCCUGCCAAGCACGGAUCACCCCUCGACGGACGGAGACCGAUACCUUGAGCAACUUGAGCCCGUCGUCGCGCAACUCCUCCAGGACCAAGGUUACUCCCAAAUCACGAUCAACGACAGCCCGAACUCAAAGGACCAUGUGUUCGGUUAUAGCGCCUUCGACUUCCUGAACGGCAAACGCGGUGGCCCUGUCGCUACUUACCUCCAGACGGCGCUCAAGCGCUCUAACGUUGUCUACAAGGACUACACCCUCGUCUCUAACGUCGUGCGCAAUGGCUCAACGAUCACUGGUGUGCAGACGAACGACACCUCGCUCGGUCCCAACGGCAUCGUCCCGCUCACGAAGAAUGGCCGUGUGAUUCUCUCCGCGGGCUCGUACGGCACUGCCCGCAUCCUCUUCCAGAGCGGCAUCGGCCCCACCGAUAUGAUAUCGCUCGUCGAGGGCAACACGGCAGCAGCGAAGAACCUCCCUCCCAAGGCUGAUUAUAUCAACCUGCCGGUCGGAAUGAACAUUUCGGACAACCCGUCUAUUAACCUGGUGUUCACACACCCUUCGAUCGACGCAUACGAUAACUGGGCCGACGUCUGGGCCGACCCGCGUCCUGCUGAUGCACAGCAGUACCUCAAAGACCAAUCAGGCGUGUUCGCAGGUGCCUCGCCCAAGGUCAACUUCUGGCGCUCGUACACCGGGUCAGAUGGCCAACAGCGCUAUAUGCAAGGCACUUCCCGCCCAGGCGCCGCCUCCGUGAAUACGACCUACGCAUACAACGCGAGCCAGAUCUUCACCAUCACCUCUUACCUCUCCUGGGGCAUCACCUCGCGCGGUCGUCUCGGAAUCAACGCGGGCCUGACAGGCACCCCGCUCGUGAACCCGUGGCUCGUAGACCCCGUCGACAAGGCUGUGCUCGUCCAGGCGCUCGAGGAUAUUGUAUCCAACGUUAGCCAAGUUGAGGGUUUGACGAUGAUCACGCCUGACAACACCACCACCCUCCAAGAAUACGUCGACAGCUACGACCCAGGCACCAUGGACUCGAACCACUGGGUCGGGUCCGCCAAGAUCGGGUCGGACCCGUCCUCGGCUGUCGUCGAUGAGAACACGAAGGUGUUCAACACAGAUAACUUGUUCGUCGUGGACGCGUCGAUCAUCCCAAAGCUACCGACGGGUAACCCGCACGGUAUGCUUAUGUCUGCGGCUGAGCAGGCGGCUGCGAAGAUUCUCGCACUGGCAGGCGGUCCAUAAGCUAGAUUUCU